AUGGCGAGAUCAAAUGAUUUAUCGGAUCGAUUGCGCAAUGAAGCAGAAUCAUGGGUAGAAAUAUCCUCACAACCAUCCUCAUCCUCAAUAUCCUCCAUCGACAACGAAAUCGUAACAACAGGUCUCCGCGUAUCCCAACACCCCUCAGCACGACGACGCAGACGCUCUCAAAACCAGCCACGCCCACAAAAUCCUUCAAAUAUCAACAGACACAGAAGUACAAGCAGUCAAGAAGAAUACGAAGAAUCAGAAUCAGAACCAGAUCACAUAGAUAUAAUAACGAGCUCUAAUGAAAUAUCCCCACCAGCCGCAACCCCAGCCCGCAUAUCUACCCAAACCCAAGAAAUAUACGAUGCAGAAUCCGAAGACGACGAAGAUGAAAACGGUACCGCCUUAGGAAUAGGAAUAGGAAUAGGCAAGGGAACAACCUUACCAUUCACCCCCCAACCCAACGCCUUUUCCCACCCCCCUUCUUCCCAUUCCCGUUCCCAAAGCUAUCGCUCCCCAGCUCCAGCUCCAGCACCAGACUCCUAUUUCCCCCGGCAAAUCCACUCGCAACCGCGCCCCCAAUCCUAUCCCACACGCACACACCCCUCGUCACGCAACCCCUCCUUCAACACCCACUCUCGACCCCCCAUACCCAUCGAUCACGAUGCCGCUCUCCGCGCUAGCCUCACCACUCUCCUCUCCUGCGCCGCCGCAGCAAGAGGUCUCCCUAAAUCCCCUGGCGCCCAAAAUCCCACUAGUAAUGCCCCAAUCGGUCUGCGCAUCGUUCCUGAAUCCGAACUUUUUGGUAUUGGCGCUCCAGAACGCCCUGCAGCUAAUAUCUCAAGACCGUUAUCCCUGUCGCCUAAGCCCUCAAGAGGUAGAUGUAAAUCACCCAAUUCUGAAUCCGAGUACCCUAACGAAAACGAAAACGAAAACGAAAACGCAACAACGACAAAACCCAAAGCCAAUCCAAACCUAAACCAGACCAAAAACACUACAAAAACCUCCCCAAAGAAAACCAAAAAAGAAAAUCUAGUAAAAAUCCAACCACAAACACAAGACGAAACAUACCUCUCGCAAACCCUCCUAACAUGGGUAAUGAGCGCAGGCGUAGUAGUACUAGUAUCAGUAGUGGGAUUCGGCGCAGGAUAUGUGAUAGGGAGGGAAGUGGGGAGACAAGAAGUGGAUGCGCUGGGGAUGGGGGGUUGGAAUGGUUGGAAUGGGUCUGUGGGGGAUGGAGGGUGUGGGAGGGAGGUUAUGGGGGAGGUGGUGAGAGGGGGUGGAGGGGGUGGGUUGAGGAGGUUUAGGUGGGGUGGGAGUGUGGGGAGUGUGGCGAGGAGUUGUGUUGCUUAG